AAAACCUUUCCCUGUAAAGUUUAAUAUUCAUCAUUAUGUAUUUUACCAUUCGCGAUUUUGUAUUGAUUGUUUCCAUUAUAUCAGGAACAUGUGCUGCACCAAUUACCGUCUUAUUUACUGAUCAAUAUGGCCGCCACUUUGCAAUGCCAUUUUAUGGUCAACAGACACCGAUAGAACGAUCAGAUAAUUUACAAGCUCAAGCCACAGAAUACAACAGUGGUAGCUAUGGUCAUCAGUAUGAGGGUGGCUUCGAACCCUCUUCAGGUCACAUAGGGGGAGAUCAUCAAGAUUACUCGACCUACAAGGCUUUUGACCACGCUUCACAUGAAGAUAAUAGUCAACUACACGAAGAUUUUGAUCAUGGCAAUCAGGAAGGACUCCAUGGAGAUGGGUUCAGUGGUGAUAAUCAUGUUCACUCAGUUCCUGUUUCUGAACAUGUUGAAGUCACGAAACCCGUCGCUGUUCCCGUGUACAAGGAAAUUGGUUAUCCAGUAUCACAUCCAGUGAAAAUUCAUAUUCCUCAUCCGGUAGCAGUGAGCGUUCCUCAACCCUAUCCAGUUGCAGUUCCAGUUUCUCAACCAGUACCUAUUCAAAUUAUUAAAACUGUAGCAGUUCCGGUAGAGAAGAAAGUACCAUAUCCUGUUGAAAAACACAUCCCAGUUCCAAUCGAAAAACCAGUACCCAUCACUAUUGAACGUCAUAUUCCUGUUCCUGUUGAAAAACCAUAUCCUAUCAAGGUCCCUGUCCAUAAAACAAUCCAUCAUCAUUCUAAAUCACACCAUGGACGUUAA